CAAGAACCGACAAAUGAGCAUCGGGUGAUUUCCGGGGUUUUAUUCAGUUUUACAAUCGAUUUUGUAUGUGUUUGUGACGGAUGGCACCAGUAUGGCAGGGUAUAGUUUGCUGAUACAACAAUGGCCACACAAUCUGCAGUCAUUGCUGUCACCGCUCACAUCAUCGUACUUACCCAUGCCUGUACGGAUCCCACAAAUUGUAUCAAGUUAAAUCAUGUUGAUACAACCGGCAAACCUACGUGUGAGCUCGGGUGUAUUGAUGGAUGGUCCGGCGACUGCUGUCGGCAGCACUGUCUCGACAGGUGCAUUGCUUGUUCCUCCAGAAAUACACGUGAGUGCUCGAAGUAUGAAUCUGGUCGUUAUGGAAUCAGAUGUGAGGAUCUCUGUGGGCAGUGUCAUAAGGGCAACUGUUCCAUCAAUGGGACAUGUCAUGAUGGGUGUAAGCCUGGCUUCUGGGGAACACGCUGCAGCCAUCCGUGUUCUCAACACUGCAAGGAUGAAGAAAUGGACAGUCACUGUGAACAUCAUACAGGACAUUGCAUCUAUGGUUGUAAGGACGGAUACUUUGGGGGAUCCUGUGACGCCAUGUGUCCAGAUGACUGUGAGGGGUGUAACAGUACAAGCAGAGAGUGCAAAAUAUGUAAUGACGGGUUCUAUGGUAUUGAAUGUUAUCAUCCUUGUCCACAGAACUGUAAGCAGUGUCUUGAUUCAAACACAACAUGCAAGACUUGCUCAGAUGAGGAUGGGAUGUGUUCUAUAGGUUGCACUUAUGGUUUCUAUGGCCCGACGUGCAAUCAAACAUGUCCACAGAAUUGCAGAUACUGUAACGAAUCAGAUGUAAGUUGCCUAAAAUGUGGCAGAGAAGAUGGAGAAUGCUCUCAAGGAUGCAGGAAAGGGUAUUAUGGACGUCACUGUCAACACACGUGUCCUGAGAACUGUCUUCAGUGUAACACGACCAGGGACUGUGAUGAGUGUAUGGUGUCUCAGCGUGGUAGUAACUGCACCCUGGUGUGUCACACGUGUCCCUCCGUGCGUUGUCUACCUGAUGGUAACUGUACAUUGGAGUGUAAAGACGGUAUUACAGGAGACAGGUGCGACAUCACAACUGAGACAAAGGUUUCACACAAAGACGUCUUUGGCUACAUCUCUGAGCUGAUAAAGAAUAACGGAUAUUUUCUUCCAUUCCUGGCAAGUGCUCUUGCCUUGUUAAUAGCCCUGUGUGGUUUCCUAUUUUGGAGAUGCAGAAAGAUCCACCGAGACAGAGCUGCCUCAUUACCUACAUGUGGCUACUCAGACGUGAUGCAUUCCACGGAAGAAACGGUACAUAAAUCUGGAGACAUUUACGACGAAAUAAUAGAUGAAGACCUGCAUAUUGACCAUAUCGAAAUGAAGCCAUUGUUCUUAUCAGGGCCAAAAUUGCCAGCACCUCCCCAUGCAGGUUCAACUGAUGUCGAUGAUGACUACACAUUGUCCACAGACACUGACACCCAGGAGGUUACAGUAUGUCAGCAAGGAUCUUCAGGGUAUAUAACACCAAGGCAAAAUCUCUCCGGUGAAGGUGACUAUCCGGAGGUUCCUGCAGCUGUCAGUGGAAAUGUUCCUGGUGAAACUGACAACAGGACUGUCAUACAAAGGGGUGCCCAAAUGGAACAGAAGGUCGACCUCAGUACGAUAUCAGCCAAAGUGGAGGUGGUUACUUUGAGUCAAGCUAUCAUACCUGGAACACGUCGGAUCACGGAGGAUUAUUUAAACUUAAGAAGAUCUGAUGAACCAAACUCCCUGGAAAUGAGCUUGGUUUCAAUAGUUAAUGUUUAUUCUCAGUGCAAUGGGAAUGUGCAUCAACAAUAAUUAUUUUAUUAUGAUUAUAUUAAGGAAGAGAAUAUAUGGAUGUCAACUUCUUUAUUAUGAGGAACACAAACUUUCGGAGUAUAUGCUUACUCCUUCAUCAUAUAAGCAUAUACUCCGAAACGUUAAUCACUUCUAAAUGCCUUUCAAAGACCUGAUGAUUAUUAUUUCCUCCAAUUCAGGGAGAGUACAGACAUACGGUUAUACAUUUAUUUUAUUUACAAGCAAGAGAUGCAUUCUUGUUGUACACGUACGCAUUUUAUACAUGCACUGAUUCUGGUCUUCUUCACUUAGUGACGUUGACAUUGCAAGACAGCAGUGAUACCCGUCUCGUUCACUCACACUCAUGGUGUAAGAAUACACUUAAGUCUGUUGGGCCAAUAUUAAUGACAUCACAGAAUGUUUCCUGUAUGGUUCACAUGCUGUGAACAUGUUGGUUAAUUGAUCUACAACAAUAGUCUACUCUUGUGACUCAGCUUCUGGUCAGCGUCGACGUCUGUUAGCACAGUACAUGCACUGGCAACGACAUGAGAUACACAUGGGAAUUGGGUGGUCAUCAAGCCCCGAAGGCGUAGGGCGUUGUCUCAAUCUAAUCAACCAUAAGUUUACUUGGCCCAUCUGGAUGCAUGUACAUAUGUAUAUAGUUUUAGUACUUUUCCGCUGAAAAUUGGAAUUAAAAACAACUUGGGCAUGCCGUGCGUGUUUGAACCUGUGAUCUCAGUUAUGAGUGAGUCAGGUUUUACGCCGCGUUUAGCUAUAAUCCAGCAAUAUCACGGCGGGGGACACCAGAAAUGGGCUUCACAUAUAGUACCCAUGUCGGGAAUCGAACCCAGGUCUUCGGCGUGACGAGCGAACGCUUUGUUCACUAGGCCGACCGACCAGACCGACCCUCAGUUGUGACAAUUACAUUCAAGAUAAGUAUUAACAUGUUCUAAGUUAAUUAAUUUCCCUUUAGAAGGGGUAAUGUACAGUAUCAGUUAAAUUGUUCUUGCAUUAAUUAGUCACAGUUCGAUUCCGCCUUGUUCUGACAUAUCGAUAA